CAUGUGGUUGCUUGGAUUCUCCACUACAAAUCCAGGAAAGUUAUGGGUUAUUCCUGCAAUUAUAAUGGUGAUAUUUUUCACCGUAAUGUUGAGGAAGUUUGCAGUGUACCUUGAAGCUCAAGCUAGAGCUGUAGCUGUAGCUUCCAACGGGGAGACUCAAACAGACUUGGAGAAAGGCGGCCAAGAUCAUAUAAUUUCGAGGACAAAAUGUUCUAUGUGGUGCACUGAGGGAGUUAUUAGGACUUACGCUCUUGAAGAGCUGAAAAUGGCUACUAGAGAUUUCAGAAUUCAGAUAGGGUUUGGAGCUACUUCUUUUGUGUAUCUUGCAGAGCUUGGAGAUGGAAGAUUUGGAGCUGUGAAGAGAGUAAUGGAGGAGAAAGGUGGUAGCAGAAAGAUCUUCCUGGAUGAAGUCUCGGUUUUGCUCAGGAUUUCUCAUCCAAAUUUGGUGGGCUUGUUGGGUUUCUGCUUGGAUAAAGGAGAGCAACUUCUACUACUGGAGUACAUUCCAAACAAGAGCUUAUUUGACAGAAUGCACACCUACUAUGGCCAAUCACAAGGAACACUUUCAUGGUCUAAUCGUUUAAGCAUUGCUCUUGACAUUGCUCGAGCCCUCGAGUAUCUCCACUUAAUCGCUGACCCACCUAUCAUCCACAGAGAUGUCAAGUCCUCUAACAUUCUCUUGAUUGACAAUAACCAUGCUAAGCUUGCGGAUUUUGGGCUUUGCAAAUUGGGCUAUGAAACAUUUGCCCCGCAAACUCCAACUACCAUCAAAGGCUCAUUCGGUUACGCUGACACCAAUUACCUCAAAACCGGAAUCGUUUCACCCAAAAGCGAUGUGUAUAGCUUCGGAGUUUUACUUCUGGAGCUAAUAACUGGACUUAAAUCAACACAAGGUUCAGUGACACUAGCUGAAUGGACAGAAGAUUGCAGGAAAAAUGAUGAUUCAGGGGUUUGGGGUCAAUUGUUGGACCCAAAACUCAAGGGUGAGGUUGAUUUAGAGCAACUAAAAGUGUUGGUGGACAUAGCAAACUCAGCUCUAGUUGAGAAUUGUGAAGGUAGACCAGAUAUAAGCAGCAUUGUUGACAGGAUUUCGAGUUGUAUGGAACUUCAAUCUCAUGAUGAGCUUGGGUAGUUA